AUGACAGAGGAAAAAAUUGUAUUUGUUUGUAAUAUUCCAUUUGAAGCUAUUGCAACAAAUGUUGUUGAAACAUUAUCAGGUUUUGGACCCAUAAUUAGUUGUGACCUACCACAUAAAAAUAAUGAAAUUUUUGGUUAUGGUUUUGUAGAAUUUGAAAAUAAAGAGGAUGCCGCUGAUUCUAUCGAAUUUACAGCACGGCAAAAACUACUAUGCUUGGGAAGAGCUUUACGCGUUAGCCUGAGUAAUUCUACAAGGCAUAAGAAAACAAAAUGGAAUCAUGUUAAUGAAGAUGUAUUUAAUUUAUCAAGUUUGGAAAUCGGGAAUUGGGGUGGACAAUCGAUAGUGCAUACAAAGAGAAAAGAACAAUCUGCAUUCUUAAAAGAAUGGAAGUAUCCGGAAUAUUAUGAAAAGCCCAGAGUGUAUUUUUCAGAAACCAGUGAAGCUUUUAUAUUAGAAGGAUUCAAUUUAUCAAAAGAUUCUCACGGGACCAACAAAAAAAAACGUGUUAAAAUUCCUUUCCACAUUUUGGAAGAUACGACCGAAGUCUUUAAGGAUGAAGGUGAUGGUGUAAUAUCACUUUACAUUAGCUUAAAGCAUCCACCGUAUCUUUACCGCGAAGCCCUUGAAAAAGAAACGACCGAGAUUGAAAAUGCUAUUGGGCGUUUUUCCUGGGAGCAGAUAGAUCAAGGUCAUUGGAUCAGAACAAUUGAUUGGACCGGAAUUGUUAAUGUCUUUGGAAGGUGUUUAGUAUAUAGAUUAAUCUUUAGAGAUGAGCUUAAUAAGUUAAAUACGGUAUUAAAUAAUCUCAAGGCUAAAGGUGUUCCUCGUCCUAUUCCUCAAUAUUCUAUCAAAGUUAUUGAUAAACCAAUUUAUUCAAAAGAAUAUUUGGAGGAUUCAGCUUUUCAGGUAUUACCGUUUAGAAUAUGCUAUAAACUGGAAAGUUUGAUUUCCCAAGGGACGUUAACAUUUUGUGAAAUAAGAGAGUCCAAUAUGUUAGAACGAUUAUCUCACUUAAUACUCUUUGAAGAACAAGAAAUAAUAGCGUGGCACGCAUUAAAUCAAAUAUCUACCAAGUAUUGGGAUCCUUUUGAUAAAAAAUAUCAAGAUCGUCCAAUAUCGAUUUUUGAAACUGCGAUAAAAAAUUUUAAGAGUGAAUUUACCAUUUGGCACCCAUCUAACCCGAACCUUAAAUUGACGAAUAAUACGCAUUGUGCAUGGGUCAACCAUGCAACGAUAACGCCUACAAAAAUAUAUUUCGACGGGCCUAACUAUGAACAGUCGAAUAGGAUAUUACGUUUAUAUGAGGAUAAAAUAGACCGUUUUUUGCGUAUAACGUUUACAGAAGAAGACUUGGAUCGAAUGUUCGUUAAUAAAUUCGAUGACGUUGAUAUAAUUAAUUUGAGAAUUAUGUAUAUUAUGACAAAUGGAUUCAAUGUGGCUGGGCGACAUUACGAAUUUUUAGCUUUUUCGUCAUCCCAAUUACAGGAUACUUCUUGUUGGUUCGUCGCAACAGAUGGAGAAUUUAAUGCAAAUUUUAUCCGUGCUCACAUGGGAGACUUUAGCCAGAUUAAGGCUCCAGCAUUGUAUGCAUCUCGUAUGGGACAAUGCUUUACAAGUACAAUUGGGACGUUGGAGCUAAGUCAAAAUCAAGUAGAUUACACAUUAGAGGAAAUCGAAAGAAAUGAUUUUAAAUUUAGCGAUGGUUGCGGGAAAAUAUCGGAAAGUUUAGCAAAGCGUGCGGCGAAAGAAUAUUGGGGAACCAAAAAGCCAAAGGAUGAGGAAAUUCCAUCAGUGUUUCAAAUACGGUUUGGUGGAUGUAAGGGAAUGGUUGCAGUAGAUCCAAAUCUUGAAGGUGAUGUUUUAUGCAUACGUCCUAGUCAAGAAAAAUUCAAAGCCGAAUCUUCAAUAUUGGAGAUUGUGAAAUCCGUGAGAACUCCAUUGCCUGGCCAUUUAAAUAAACAGAUUAUCUUGAUAUUGUCGGCACAUGGGGUGCCAGAUCAUGUCUUUAUCCAACUACAAAAUAAAAUACGUAAAGAUAUAGAUUCAAUGAUGACGAAUGAGGAUCAGGCACGAGAAAUUGUUAAACGUGGUGCAAUCGUAAGAGAGUGUUCACAUAUAGCGCGUACUAUGCUCAGUAUGAUUGGAGCAGGAAUGAUGAGAGGAACUGAUCCAUUUUUAAAAGCAAUUUUGGAAUGUACUCGCGUUUAUGCAUUAAAGACGCUUAGGCAAAAAGCUCGCAUUUUAAUGCCUAAUUCUUAUAUAUUAUUGGGCGUUAUUGAUGAGACUGGAAUUUUGGAAGAAGACGAAAUUUUUGUGCAAACUUCUACAAUCAUUAACGAAAAUUUAACAUUUGAUAAAAAGAAUGAUAAAAUCCUUCGAGAACAUAAAAUUUGGAAAGGUCCAGCUGUUAUUACUAGAAACCCGUGUUUGCACCCCGGAGAUCUAAGGAAAGCUGAAGCAGUUGAUGUUCCUGAACUGCAUCAUUUAAGAAACUGUGUAGUCUUUAGCCAAAAAGGAUAUAGACCUUUGCCAAAUUGUUUGAGUGGAGGUGAUUUAGAUGGUGAUACGUUUUUUGUUUGUUUUGAUGAACGGAUUUUUAUUACUGAGAACGAGGAUCCUAUGGAAUUUGACUCCCAAGGAAGAAGGGAGUUGGAUAGAGAUGUUGAAAUUGGAGAUAUUUGUGAGUUCUUUAAAGAUUACAUGCUAAACAAUAGGCUCGGUCAAAUCGCCAAUCUCCAUUCAGUAUUUGCCGAUUUUACUGCGGAAGGUGUUAAAUCUAAUGAAUGCAUAAAGUUAGCAGAAAUGCAUUCUAAUGCUGUUGACUUUAAUAAAACUGGAUAUCCAGUACUAAAUGCACUACCAACUAUGAAGGAAUAUCCAGACUUUAUGGAGAACCAAUUUAAAGAAUCUUAUGAAUCAAACAAAGUGCUAGGAAAAUUGUAUCGCAACAUCCAACUCGAUUUACCUGGGAAGGAUCCUUUGCUAAAAUAUAAAGAAACAGCUAUAGACGAAGAUUUCGUAUAUGACGGAUAUCAAGAUUAUAUAGAAGAUGCUAUUGCUUGUCGUGAUUAUUAUAAUGAUGAAAUUCGAAAACUUAUGAGAAAAUAUAAUGUUAAAACUGAAGUAGAAGUUUUGACUGCACAAUUAUUAGGACUUCGAAAUAAUGAUAGUAGGAAAGCUAAAGAAAAGCGAAAAUCGAUUUCCGGAACUUCAUCUUUCAUAAUCUAUCAUUAUCGCAAAUUAUUCUUGAUGAACUUGCAAGAAGCUCAUAACAUUCAUAAUACCAAUGAUGAGAUAUCACCAUUCAAUUUAGACAUACAUAUUCCUAUAAAUGAGAAAUCAAAAGCUAAAGCUUCAGCAUGGUAUAUUGUUACAUAUACUCAAGGUGAAUUGCCUUAUAAUGGAAAAAAUAAGAUUACUUUAUUAAGUUUUCCUUGGGUUGUAUCAGAUGUAUUAUUAGCAAUCCGUAGGAAUAAGCUAUUGAAAAGAUUGAACUAA